AAGAGGAACGAGAAGGGGUGGCCGGAGUGUGAGGUGAUUGAAGAGGAAGGAGAUUAUGAGGAUUACGUGUACGGUGGUGAUGAUGAACGGUUUAGGAGGAGGAGUCAGUGUUUGAUUGGAGUUUUGGGGUUUGUCUCCAUCUUCACUCUGUUCUGUUUGAUCAUCUGGGGAGCUGCUAGGCCUUAUGGACCAAGGAUUGCUGUCCAGAGCUUGAUAGUAAACAAUUUCUACUUUGGGGAAGGAACAGAUGGCACAGGGGUCCCUACCAAGUUACUUACAGUAAACUGUUCAGUGAAGAUGAUGAUACACAACCCUGCUACAUUUUUUGGCAUUCAUGUCAGCUCUAACCCUGUUCAUCUUUUCUAUUCACAGAUUGCAGUUGCAACUGGGCAGUUGAAAAAAUAUUAUCAGCCAAGAAAGAGCCAAGGAAUCGUGUUAGUGAACCUGGAAGGCAAUAAGGUACCCCUAUAUGGUGCCGGAGGAAACAUAGAAGUGUCAGACAAGAGCGGUGGAGUUCCAUUCAGGUUAGAGUUUGACAUCCGAUCACAAGGAAAUGUAGUUGGCAAGUUGGUGAAAACAAUGCAUAAAAGGCACAUCUCUUGUAACUUGCUCAUUGGCUCUAGUAACACCAAAUCCAUCAAAUUCAAGAAUGAUUCUUGUUCAUAUGACUAAAUUUAUUGGAGUUCGUGCGCCUGCAAUACAUACCCAUCUCCAUGUUCGAACUCUGAGGAAGCCGGUUGAGACAUUCACCCUCCUCAAGCGUUCUCUUCAAGUGGAGGAUGAUAAUCACCAUGAGUGGUAAGUCUGAGUUUAUAUUUGAUCAAGUUUGUGUCGUACUAUCUUUUCUUCUCCACCUUUUGUUUUAAGAGCUGGUUUUUGAUAGUUGAGUUUAUAAAAAAAAAAUCAUCAUACCCCAAAUAGUUUUCAUCAAGCUAUGUUAGCUUUACAAGAUUAUGAAAUUUUAGUGGUUGAAUGGCCUUCAACAUGUACAAACAGUUGAGUAAUUUAAAGUCCCUGCAUUUCCCGUAAUCUCGCUUAUUCGUUCCAAACAAUGAGAUAAUGAAUUUUCCCUAAUACUGUGAUUUGGCUUCCCAAAAGUUCCAACAAGAGUUGGUGUAUGAUUUUAGAUGCAUACCAGGGCUCAUGUCCAUCUCAAAUAUAACAGAUUGCAACCAAUUACAUCUGUAUUUGUGUGUGUGUGUGUGUGUGUGAGAGAGAGAGAGAGAGAGAGAGAGAAUUUUCUCAUUAUAUUCCAAGAUAAUAAAGGGUCAAUGUACAAUUACAUCACCACAUGAAACCUCAAGAAAUUGAGCCGUCUAAAGAAAUGUCCUCUUUCUCUCUAUCUCGGAUAAAUAAUAUAUUUUACAGGAGGAAUGGCGAACAUUGUGAGAUUUUUUUGAGGAAAAAAAAAGACAAGACAAUAAAAAAAAAACCAAAAAACAAAAAAGAUGGCAUUAA